AAGGUCAAAAAAUUGCACUUUUGGCGGUAAGUUUACAAAGUAGUACAAAAGUAAAUUAGUUUAAUUUCUUGUUCCGAGAACUAUGGAUGAUUUAAAAAUAACUUCUCUGGAAUCUCUUGGACCUUUCGUAGCAUCCAAAGACAAUGCCAAAAAUACAGUUUUUAUAACGGACAUUCCACAAAUAUGCAAAGAUGAACCCUGCGUGCUGGGUGUCGAUGAAGCCGGUCGCGGUCCAGUGCUUGGUCCAAUGGUUUAUGGAGUCGCAUUCUGUCCCAUUUCGAAAAAAGAAGCUCUCGUCGACUUAGGCUGCGCCGAUUCCAAACAACUGACUGAAGAAAAACGUGAUGUGAUCUUCGAUGAUAUGAACCAAAAAGAAUUCGCCAACUCCUGCAUCGGCUGGGCAGUGGAAAUUAUAUCACCCAAUAUCAUCUCCAACAGCAUGUACCGACGGGCCAAGUGUUCACUGAACGAGGUCUCUAUGAAUUCUGCUAUUGGCCUAAUUCAGGCAGCUAUUGAUGCUGGGGUCAAUAUCGCUGAAGUCUACGUAGACACUGUCGGACCACCAGAAAAGUAUCAAGAUAAGUUAAAGAAACUCUUUCCUCAAUUUGAAAUUACAGUGGCGAAAAAAGCUGAUUCCACCUAUCCAAUUGUAUCGGCGGCUUCGAUAUGUGCUAAAGUAACAAGAGACCAUGCUUUGAAGGUUUGGAAAUUCCCCGAAGGUCUAAAACUAACAUCAAAGGAUUUCGGGAGUGGCUAUCCAGGCGACCCAGUGACAAAGAAAUUUCUUACGGAAAACAUCGACAUUGUAUUUGGAUAUCCCCGUUUGGUUAGAUUCAGCUGGUCAACAGCGGAGAACGCAUUGGAAGGCAAUUCUGUAAACGUUACAUUUGACGAACCGGACAGUGAAAAACCCAAGUAUGCUGGGGCACAGAUUACCAAAUUUUUUAAGGGUGCCACAAAAGAUGGAGAAGUUAAACGAGAGCCAUGUACUUUCUUCAAAGAACGUUUCUUAGAUUCUGUUACUGAAUUUUGAUUUUAAUAAAUAAGUUUUUCCAUGCAGUA